AUACUGGCCACACAUUCAUCUUCCGUCCACCCAUUCAAUAUCUCUCUCCUCUCUGCUAGCUAGCUAUCCAUGGAGUCCAAGAAAUGUUUUUUCUCUCUUUCUUUUUCUACAGUGUAAAAAGUGAAAAUAUAAUGUAUUCUAUGUGGUCAUCAUCAUCAUCAUCUCGGGUGAUCGUUCCUCAGUUGAGGCACAGCCACAAGAACCUUCGUCAUUGGAUAUCGUCGCAUUCCAAGAGAAAAUUGAACUUUGUUACUUCCCCCAUCUCCUCUUCUUCCGGCAGCGAUGAUAAUACUGCAGCUUCCAAACAACCGCAAUUGGGCUAUGAUCCUUCUGAAGAGCUAUUUGGACUUGCUGUUGAUUUACAACCAAGGAAGGUUGCUUCAGCUGCAUCCAACCCAAGAUCAUGGUUUGGUCCAAAUGGGCAGUAUAUUCGAGAAUUACCUUGCCCAAGUUGCAGGGGAAGAGGUUAUACCCCAUGUGCAGAAUGCGGGAUAGAAAGAUCCAGAUUGGAUUGUUCACUAUGUAAUGGAAAGGGCCUAGUUACCUGCAAUCAGUGCCUCGGAGAUUGUGUUAUCUGGGAGGAGUCAAUUGAUGAACGACCAUGGGAGAAAGCCCGCUCAGUCUCUCCCCUGAAAGUUAAGGAAGAUGAUGAAGUCGACAACUUGGAUAUAAAGCUGGAAGUGAGGAGAAAACCCAAACGUGUCUAUCAAUCCUCUGCUCCUGAAGUUAAUUUGAAGAUCAGCCGAUCAUUAAAAAGCCUCAAUGCCAAAACUGGAAUAUUUAGUAAGAGGAUGAAGAUAAUUCACAAGGAUCCUAAGCUUCAUGCACAAAGAGUGGCUGCUAUUAAGAAAACUAAGGGUACUCCUGAUGCUAGGAAGCGGGCUUCCGAUUCCAUGAAAAGCUACUUUUCUGAUCCAGAAAAUCGUCGCAAGAGAAGCAAAGCAAUGAGAGGUAUAAAAUUUUACUGCAGAAAUUGUGGACUUGAGGGUCACCGGAGAAACUAUUGUCCAGAAGUUCAGGACAAAGUAACUGACAGACGAUUCAGAUGUCGGCUGUGUGGGGAAAAAGGGCACAACCGAAGAACAUGUCCAAGAUCAAAAUCAAAUGACAGAAAGGACGCGAUUCAUAGGAAUCACCGUUGCAGGAUAUGUGGACAAAGUGGGCAUAACCAGAGAACGUGUCCACAACUGGCUGAAGUAGACUCAACUGUUGUGGGUGAAGAUCAAACUGUCUCUAGAAGGAAUUAUACAUGUCGUGUCUGCCGAGCAAAAGGGCAUAACAUAAGGACUUGUCCACAUAGAAAAUGAGGACUGUCUGGAAGAUUGAUAGGAGUAAUUCUUUUUACUAAGCAACCUGUGGCUCAAAAAGUCGGGUUAACUUUAGAUAGCAUGGAGAAACACUUGAGGCUUCUGAUUUUCAGUUUCGACCAGAUUAUGUAAUUGCUCCAAGAACUGUCCAAGAGUGUCUCGUAGUUGUCUCAAUGGCCUAAUAUUGAUGUCAUUGUUGAAAGAAACAGUCACACACAACUUUGCUUCACAGUGAAAUGCUAUUUAUGUUAACAAUUAAA